AUGGUUGUAGACACCACAUACUACGACCUCCUCAGUCUUCAGCCUACGGCAACCUCCUUGGAGAUCAAGAAAGCUUACAGAAAAGCAGCCAUCAAAUUGCAUCCCGAUAAGAACCCAGAUGAUCCCCAAGCAGCCGCCAGGUUCCAAGAAGUGGGUGAAGCCUACCAAGUCUUAAGUGACGAAACGUUAAGAGCCAAGUACGACAAGUUCGGAAAGCAAGAGUCAAUUCCUCAGGCAGGAUUUGAGGACCCUAGCGAGUUCUUUUCCAUGAUCUUUGGAGGGGAGGCCUUCAAGGACUGGAUCGGUGAAUUGUCGUUGUUGCAAGAAUUAUCCAAGUCUGCUGAGUUGUCAGGUUAUAAUGAUGAAGAUGAAGGAAAGAAGGGUGAUAGUGAGGCCACUUCACAAGGAACUGGUACUUCGGCUCCACAAGAGCCUGGUUCCAACGAUAAGAGCACUCUUUACUUGGAAGGUGCUCAAGAUACGAAUAAUACCACUUCUACUGCGGUGGAGAAGCGGAAACUCACCAAAGAGGAAGAACUCGAAUUGAAGAGGAAAGAGGAGUUGGAGAAGUUCGAAGAAGAGUGCAGGUUGAAGAAGAUCGAGACCAGAAAGGAGUUGGCCAAGAAGUUGGUGGACAAAUUAUCCUUGUACACAGAAACAGACAUGAAGGAUGAUGUGGCUCGUUCGUUCAAGGAGAAGAUACAAUACGAGGCCGAGUCCUUAAAGAUGGAGAGUUUCGGGUUGGAAAUUUUGCACACUAUAGGAAGCAUUUACAAGAAUAAAUCGAGGAUUUUCUUGAAGAACCAAACAUUUUUCGGAUGGGGUGGCUUCUGGUACUCCGUUAAAGAAAAGGGUGGAGUGGUCAAGGAUACCUUCAACACAGUUUCCAGCGCCUUGGACGCCCAGAAGACCAUGCAAGAAUACACCAAGAUGCAGGAAGACAACGAAUAUCAUGCAAAACAAGAAGCUGAAGCCGACAAGGAAGAUGACCCAGAAGCCAAACAAAGAGCUGCUGAAGAGGCCAAAGAGGAGAGAAUCGAGGAGGCAGCCAAGGAAGGUGCCGAGGCGGAAGCCACGAAGGCCGAGAAGAAGGUGGAAGAGAUGAAGAAGGUUCCCGAGAAACAUACCCCUGAAGAGAUUGCUGAAAUGGAGAAGUACUUGAUGGGGAAAGUGUUGGCAGCGGCAUGGUCGGGUUCUAAAUUUGAAAUUCAGGGUACUGUCAGAGCAGUGUGUGACAACAUUUUGGACGACAAGGAGGUACCACUUGAGACUCGUGUUUCCCGAGCAAAGGCGUUAAGACUCAUCGGUGAUGUGUUCAUCGGUGUCACCAGAACCGAGGCUGAAGAUGAAGAGGCUAGAAUUUUCGAAGAAUUGGUUGCUGAGGCCAGCAAGAAGAGAGAGAAAAAG